UUUGUUAAGGAUUGGUUUUUGGAGAGUGGUGAUAAGACUUCACCCACGUAUCUGAAAAUGUAAUUGAGUCACUGUUUACAGAAAAAGGAUGGUUUAUUUAACAUAUGCACAUUCAUAGUCAUUUCAUUCUUGAGUGAUGACAAGAUAAAAAUAUAGAUGACGUCCAAGGGUGCCACCGGUGCAGAAAACAGCCAAAGCAUUAAAUACGGUUUGAGAAAGGAGAAUUGAGGAAAUGGCAGGAGGGUCUUUCACAACAGGCACUGUGAGCAAGGAGAGGGCAGAGCAGUACAAGGGGAGAGUCACUGCUUAUGUCAUCAUCUCUUGCAUUGUUGCUGCCACAGGAGGGGCUCUCUUUGGCUAUGAUAUUGGAAUUUCAGGUGGGGUUACAUCCAUGGAUGACUUUCUUAUAGAGUUCUUCCCCUCAGUAUACAGACAGAAAAAGCAUGCCCAUGAAAACAACUACUGCAAGUAUGACAAUCAGGGCCUAGCAGCAUUUACCUCUUCUCUGUACAUUGCUGGUUUAGUUGCAUCCCUGAUGGCAUCCCCUGUGACAAGAAAGUAUGGACGUCGAGUAAGUAUCAUAGGUGGUGGUAUCAGCUUUCUUAUUGGAUCAGCUCUGAAUGCUUCAGCUGUUAACCUGAUAAUGUUGAUCUUAGGCCGGGUUAUGCUUGGUGUUGGCAUUGGAUUUGGAAAUCAGGCUAUUCCGCUUUAUUUGUCAGAGAUGGCACCAACACACCUUCGAGGAGGCCUGAACAUGAUGUUUCAAGUUGCAACCACUUUUGGGAUUUUCACAGCUAACAUGAUCAAUUUUGGAACACAAAAGAUCAAGCCUUGGGGUUGGAGGCUGUCCCUAGGCUUGGCUGCAGUACCAGCUCUUUUGAUGACUGUGGGAGGGAUAUUUCUUCCUGACACUCCAAAUAGCUUAAUUGAACGAGGAUUGGCGGAAAAAGGAAGGAAGCUGCUGGAGAAAAUCCGAGGAACCAAGGAAGUUGAUGCAGAGUUCCAAGAUAUGGUUGAUGCAAGCGAGUUGGCAAAGUCCAUAAAGCACCCAUUUCGUAACAUCCUUGAAAGAAGGUACAGGCCAGAGUUGGUGAUGGCAAUCUUCAUGCCUACCUUUCAGAUCCUGACUGGCAUAAAUUCCAUUCUCUUCUAUGCUCCAGUGCUGUUUCAAAGCAUGGGAUUUGGAGGAGAUGCAUCACUCAUCUCUUCAGCUUUAACCGGUGGAGUUCUUGCUAGUUCAACGUUCAUUUCCAUAGCAACAGUAGAUAGGUUGGGCAGGAGAGUUCUUCUUGUCAGUGGUGGACUACAAAUGAUCACAUGCCAAAUCAUAGUGGCCAUUAUUCUAGGGGUCAAGUUUGGAGCAGACCAAGAAUUGUCAAAAGGGUUUUCAAUUUUGGUGGUUGUGGUGAUUUGCCUAUUUGUUGUUGCUUUUGGGUGGUCAUGGGGUCCACUUGGGUGGACAGUCCCUAGUGAGAUAUUUCCAUUGGAAAUCCGGUCAGCAGGGCAGGGCAUCACAGUUGCUGUAAACCUUCUCUUCACUUUCAUAAUUGCUCAGGCCUUUCUUGCUCUUCUCUGCUCAUUCAAGUUUGGGAUCUUUCUCUUCUUUGCUGGCUGGAUCACCAUCAUGACCAUAUUUGUUUACCUGUUCUUACCUGAAACCAAAGGGAUUCCCAUUGAGGAGAUGUCAUUUAUGUGGAGGAGGCACUGGUUCUGGAAAAGGAUUUGCCUCCCAACAGAUGGUAGUAUCUGAAUUACCCAUGCUAAUGAUGUCAUGAAGUAAAGUCCAAAAUUUAUAACUUAUGCAUCCAACUCAACCAGUUGAACUUAGUUAAGUUUUGUGUAUCUGUUAAGUUGAGAAUAAUGGAUAAAUAAUUACAUAAUUAUUAGAUCAUGAAGGUAUCUCGAUCAAACGGUUAUAAAGACAACCUGCUUAUGUAUU